AUGGGGCAUCCAAACGCUCAAUCAGCUUCUUUCUCCACAGCCCCGUCGGCGUCAGCGGCCUUUGAAGAGCUUCCCAAAGAUGCUCUAGUCCAAGAAGAAGACGUACCAGGAUACCGCGCAGACAAUUACUACCCUGUCACACUUGGGGAGGUUCUAAACGAUCGGUACCGAGUCGUUGCCAAGCUUGGCUAUGGUGUCGGUUCAACAGUGUGGUUGUGUCGCGAUCUCAAAAAGGGAGAUGCCAAUGCCGAUGACUUCUUCACCGUCAAGGUCUGCACAGCGCAAACAGCCUCCGAAUUAAAUGCCCAGGCCGAUAAAGAGAUUGCAAUCGCCGAGUAUGUGGCCACCGUCGAGGGGGAACACCCAGGGAGAAACUACAUUCGCCUUGUCCAGGACCAUUUCAACAUUACCAGCGGCUAUGGGACUACGCACCGUUGCCUCGUCUAUAAGCCUAUGGGCAUGAAUCUGACCGAUCUGCGAAACUUGUUUCCAGAGAGAUCGCUGGGGAUGCCUCUCUUCAAACAAACUGUCAAAAUCAUUCUCAUUGGCCUAGAUUUUCUUCACCAGGCGGGUGUUGUCCAUACAGACAUAUCACCUAAUAACAUUCUCCUCGGUAUUCACGACCCAUCCCCGCUGCCUGAGAUCGAGCAGGCGGAAAUCAUUGACCCGGCGCCACGGAAAACAUUGCCCGGCCGUACAAUCUAUUAUUCUCGCCGAAUGCCACUUACACAUGGUUCGCCAGUCAUCUCGGAUUUUGGCAUGGCCUGCAUAGGUGACAGCCAUCGCGGUGAUAUCAUGCCCGAUAUAUACCGAGCACCAGAGGUCAUAUUGGGUAUGGAAUGGAGCUAUCCUGUCGAUAUUUGGGCAGUUGGUCUUAUGCUUUGGGACCUCUUUGAGGGCACAAGCCUCUUCUCGGCGAGAAAAAAGGGCAUAUUAAACGAUGAACAGCACCUAGCGGAAAUGGUGUCUCUGAUGGGACCGCCGCCGCCUGCGUUCCUGACACGUAGCGAGGCCUGUAAGAAGUACUGGGAUGAGCAAGGGAAUUGGAUUGCGUCGACACCGAUUCCGGAUCAGUCUAUUUGGACCCGCGAAGGGAAGCUGAAUGGUGAAGAAAAAGAAAUGUUCAUCAAAUUUGCGCAGCGGCUGCUACGCUGGCUGCCGGAAGAGCGAGCGUCGGCGACAGAUCUUUUGUGGGACGAUUUUCUGCGGAAGCCCUGA